GACAACCCUAGGGAACCAAUGGCCUCUCACCCGCCCCUGCAAGGCAACAGCGAGAACCCCGCGCAGUCUUCAGAAGAGAAGCCGGGAGCUAAGAUGGCGGCCGCCGACGGAGAUGACUCCCUUUAUCCUAUCGCUGUGUUGAUCGAUGAGCUGCGGAACGAGGACGUUCAGCUUCGUCUGAAUAGCAUCAAGAAACUCUCUACCAUUGCGCUGGCCCUGGGCGUUGAGAGGACGCGCAGCGAACUCUUGCCUUUUCUCACAGACACUAUUUAUGAUGAGGAUGAAGUGUUGCUUGCCCUGGCAGAACAGCUGGGAACAUUUACAGCUUUGGUCGGGGGUCCAGAAUAUGUCCACUGCUUGUUGCCCCCACUCGAAAGCCUUGCUACGGUCGAGGAGACAGUGGUGCGGGACAAGGCCGUGGAAUCCUUGAGGGCAACCUCCAAUGAACAUUCUCCAGCUGACCUUGAAGCUCACUUUGUGCCCCUGGUGAAGCGCCUGGCGGGGGGUGACUGGUUCACCUCUCGCACCUCUGCUUGUGGCCUCUUCAGCGUCUGUUAUCCCCGAGUUUCCAGUUCAGUUAAAGCUGACCUCCGCCAAUAUUUUAGAAACUUGUGUUCAGAUGAUACUCCAAUGGUGAGGCGAGCCGCAGCCUCCAAACUGGGCGAAUUUGCCAAGGUCUUGGAACUGGAAUAUGUCAAAAGCGAGAUCAUUCCCAUGUUUUCGAACCUGGCGUCUGACGAGCAGGACUCUGUGCGCUUGUUGGCUGUGGAGGCCUGUGUUAAUAUUGCUCAGCUCCUGCUUCAGGAGGACUUGGAGUCCCUGGUGAUGCCGACGUUACGACAAGCAGCCGAGGACAAGUCUUGGCGAGUCCGUUACAUGGUGGCUGAGAAGUUCACGGAGCUCCAAAAAGCUGUUGGGCCAGAAAUCACAAAAACUGACUUGGUCCCGGCCUUCCAGAAUCUCAUGAAAGACUGUGAAGCCGAAGUGCGAGCGGCAGCCUCCAGCAAAGUCAAAGAAUUCUGUGAGAAUUUGUCUCCCGAUUGUCGUGAAAAUAUCAUCAUGACUCAGAUUUUGCCCUGUAUCAAGGAACUAGUAUCAGAUGCCAAUCAGCACGUGAAAUCCGCUUUGGCGUCCGUGAUCAUGGGAUUGUCUCCUAUUCUGGGCAAGGACAAUACAAUUGAGCAUCUUUUGCCUCUCUUCCUGGCUCAGCUCAAAGAUGAGUGCCCCGAGGUCCGACUCAACAUAAUCUCCAACCUGGACUGUGUGAAUGAAGUGAUUGGCAUCCGGCAGUUAUCUCAGUCUCUGCUGCCAGCAAUUGUGGAGUUGGCAGAGGAUGCCAAGUGGCGUGUGCGGUUAGCUAUUAUUGAGUACAUGCCCCUGUUAGCUGGACAGCUGGGUGUGGAAUUCUUUGAUGAGAAGCUAAACUCCCUUUGCAUGGCCUGGCUAGUGGAUCAUGUUUAUGCCAUCCGAGAAGCAGCCACCAGCAACCUUAAGAAGCUUGUGGAGAAGUUUGGCAAGGACUGGGCCCAUGCCACAAUCAUCCCCAAGGUGCUGGCCAUGUCCAAUGACCCCAACUACCUUCACCGCAUGACUACGCUGUUCUGCAUCAAUGUGCUGUCAGAGGUCUGUGGGCAGGAAAUCACCACCAAGCACAUGCUUCCCACGGUAUUGCGGAUGGCCGGCGAUGCAGUAGCAAACGUUCGCUUCAACGUAGCCAAGUCACUUCAAAAAAUUGGACCAAUCUUGGAUAAUAGUACCCUUCAGAACGAAGUGAAGCCAGUGCUAGAGAAACUCACCCAGGACCCUGAUGUGGAUGUCAAAUACUUCGCCCAGGAGGCGCUGACUGUGUUGGCGUUAGCUUGAAUCCGGGACCUGGCUCUGUUGUCUCUCCAACUUGGAUGCUGUUGGGCCAACCAUUUUUUUUCUCCCUUUUCCCUGCAUGUGUAUGACCAGCCCACCCAUCUCCUAUUGGAUGUACAUGAUGGAAUUCGGCCAUGGCUGACUAUUGUCUUCUCGGGAGCCCCGCCUCCCUCUCCUCCUCCUCUUCCUCCUCUUAGCUGUGUGUUUUCGGAACCUUCUUGGGCAGCUGUGAUAUUUUCUCCCCUUCUCAUAAAUAGUCAGGUUCAACUUAACAGUUUUGUUCCCACCAUCCGGGGGCCGUACAGGUGACAUCCUCCUCCCCCCCCCCCCCGCUUCCCCUUAGUUCUGUGAAACUUACAAGAGAGACAGAGCAGGGGAAGGGAGGCAGAAUCUAUUCAUUGAGGCCUCCUGUCACUUCUGGGCCACAGUUUGCAUGGGAAUGCCACCGCCAUGCAGCGUAUUAACUCUGCAUGACGCACCCCUUAGUUGAGCUUUCUCCCAAUCCACGCUUGGCCUGGUCGGUCCCUUACCUUUUUCCAUCCCGAUGAUUAAAGCCGCCACCUUUUUCCCUCCUACUUGACGUUGGAAGUAUCAGUCAAAUGGAAACGUUUGCCUUCGCUCAAAAUCAAACCCAGCGGCGUCUUUGCCUCGGUUUUUUAGUUCCCGCGAAGGUAGAAGGGUAGUUGUUAAAUCCUUGAUUUAAAUCUCUCGGUUUAUCAGGCUUCGUAAUAUGGUGUUUCCCAGUUCCUCUGCAUGCUUCUCUCCUGUGCCUUUUCUGUUCACGAUACGUUUCCUUUCCCUGGCCUUUGCUGGAAGGAGGUAGCUAUUUGGCGCAUGAGAUGUGUCUGUGUGUGUAUGAGAGAGAGAGUGAGAGAGAGGGAGACAGGCAGACAGAAAGAUAAAAAGCUGUGGAGCCAUUGACAUGGGCUAAAGAGUAGAAAACCCAAGUCGCUUUGGCUCAUCACAGUGGGAUGCUACCUCCAGGCUAAAUGUUGUCCCAUAUUCCCACUGAACUUCCAAACGGGAACCGUUCCCAAAUUUGGGUGGGUCCAAAACGUAAAGAUGCUCUUUGAUGAAAGAGACAUCCGUUGGCGGGAGAAAAGGGGACAAUUGGACGGUUUUCUCCAGUUCUGAUUUCUGUACUGUAGAAGUUCCUCCUCCCUUCCAGCUUUGCCUUAAGUGAUGUCCCAAGCUUUUCUUCUUCGGCACCUUUUAAGUUCCUUGCUGGUUGUCUCUCUAACCCUGGCACUGGACAUGUGAAAGAAGUUGUGUAUUCUAACCACUCAUCCCCUAACACAGAGACACAAACACACUGUCUCUCUCUCUCGCUCCCGUUAGCGGAACGUCAUUUUAAAAAUGUCAGGAUUUUUGUGCGUGUGUAUGUACACUUGUUUUAUUUUAUUUUUUCCUCCUCUCUCCGAUUAAUAAAACGCUCAAUCGUUA